AUGUGGACAGUACUCUUAAUAUCAUCUUUCCUGCCAGGCUUGUUCUCAAUUCCGAACACAAAUGAUAUUAGCAGCACAUUGUUCAAAGACGACCAAAUAAUCUUCUCUUCGAACUUCAACAUCACAAAGAUACUCGUACCAGCAGAUGGUACUAAAUAUCUUCAAGCAGAAUCAUCUGACAUACCGUCUAUUUUUUUCACGGUAUCUGAUCCCAAACUAGAAGGCGGUACAUGUAUAUAUGUUCUAGAAGGAUUUGCAGCAUACGAACUGCUAGAAGGUGGACGUGAUUCAACAGCAGACUACAGUUUCGAUAAAGCUAUUUACUUUGGAGCAAGAGAUGGUCUUUAUAAGUAUCACCCUGAUAGUCUUUCUGCGAAGAAAUAUGGUCCGUUCAGAGACGAUAUAAUUCAGCUUCAGAAAGCGAAUGGGAGCGAUAUCAUUUACAUAUUAACCUCUGAGAGAAAGUUGUUCAAAAUGGAAAAGAAUGGAACAGUUAAGACAAAGAUGCAGAGCGUCAAUUGUGCUACUGAAUUUGUAUUAGACACUUCAAAUAAUAUUUAUUACGUAGGCUGUGGAGACAGGAUGCCGCACAUUGUUAAAUCAAACGGGAACGUAUUAAGUUUAACAGCUAGUGUGAUUGAAGAUUUCAAAGAUAUUAAAUUAUUAAGACCUGCUUUUAUAAUGGAAAAUUGUGUACCGUUUUUCGGAGACGGCUCUUUAUACAUUUUAUAUUCAAACGGUACUUAUGAGAAAAAGGAUUUUCAGAUUAAAGAAAGACCAACUGCGUAUAGCGUGGAUGCUGCAUUGUAUUUAGUAGCAGCAAUAAAUGGGAAAAUAUAUGAAUUUAAUGUAAUGGAAGUUUUGAUACGAUCAAUGUUCGGAGUUUCAACAGAAUGGCCAAAGGAUGUGACGAAAAUUAUUAUGUCGAUAAUUGAAACGGCGAAAGACGGUACUUUUGGAUUUACAAAAGACUCUUUUGUUGUACAUUUUUAA